AUAACAACACUUUGAACUAGAACGGCAGUUGUACAUAGUUUAGCAAGACGUAACACAUGGAGUGGCUCCCGGUGCACACAAAUUUCUUCCAAUUGAAUGAUUGCAGUAAGCAGUAACUGGAGUAACAGCAGAUUUCGACUUUGAAAGAUGACAAACUUCGUGAUUGGUGCUGUCGUCGUCUGCACCAUUAUGCACCUGAUGACUGCGAACCCGACGUUUACUGCAUGCAGGGGCCAGGACGUCCUCUUCAACUGGGCUUACGAGAUCGACAACAACAGCGUACUGGAAAUAAUCCAGUGGUCUAAACAUUUUUCAGAAAUCGCUUCCUGGCGAAAUGAUUCAAAGGGAAUCAUAGUAAGACCAGAGUUCCGGGACAGAGUGGUCCUGUUCGAAAAUGGGACGUUUACCCUCAAAUCGGUGGACUUCGGUGAUGGCGAUGAUAUCACCGAUGAUUACAAGCUGACUCUGUUCGGACACUUGAAAUAUAGUACUGAACACGAACGGAUAGUCUGGUACUCACAAAGAACCGUGCUACGCGUUGAGCAAUGUGAUCCUGUGAGCAGCAUGGAGUUGACGGUAUCUGGGUCAGUAGACAGUUCGCUGAAGAUUAUGCGAUGGACUUCAGUCGAGUUCACGUGCGUCAUACAAGGUGCCAAGCCACCUGUCAACGACUCCCAGGUCACGUGGCACAGGGAGGUGUCGCCAAAUACUGUACAGAUACUGACGGGCGUUUCAGGACCGCUGGUCACCGUGAACAGCACCUCGACAGUCAGUUUCACGUACAUGGCCCGUCCAGAACACCACGGUCAGAAGGUGUUCUGUGCAGCCAGAAACAAGUGGAUGGAAAUAAAAGGUGAUCCGCCAUUUUCAAGCAAGAAGAUAGAGCUGAACGUGACGAAUCCCAUGAGCAGCGUCGAGAUGAAGGUAUCUGGGUCGGUACGCAGCUCCUUUAAAAUCAUGCGAUGGACUUCAAUCGAGUUCACGUGCGUCAUACGAGACGCCAAGCCACCUGUCAAUGACUCCCAGGUAACCUGGCACAGGGAGGUGUCGCCGGAUACUGUACAGAUACUGACGGGCGAUUCGGGACCGCUGGUCACCGUGGACAGCACCUCGACAGUCAGUUUCACGUACACGGCCCGCCCAGAACACCACGGUCAGAAGGUGUUCUGUGCUGCCAGAACCACGCCCAUGGAAAUUAAUCAUGAUCUGGCUUUUCUAAGUAACAAGAUAGAGAUCAACGUGAUGAAUCCCGUAGACAGUGUCGAGUUGAAGGUAUCUGGGUCGGUACGCAGCUCCUUUAACAUCAUGCGAUGGACUUCAGUCGAGUUCACGUGCGUCAUAGAAGACGCCAAGCCACCUGUCAAUGACUCCCAGGUGACGUGGCACAGGGAGGUGUCGCCGGAUACUGUACAGACACUGACGGGCGUUUCGGGACCGCUGGUCACCGUGAACAGGACCUCGACAGUCAAUUUCACGUACACGGCCCGUCCAGAACACCACAGUGAGAAGGUGUUCUGUGCUGCCAGAACCACGCCCAUGCAAAUAAAUGGGGACGAGGCUUUUCCAAGCAACAAGAUAAAGCUGGACGUGAUGAAUCCCAUAAAUAGCAUUGAGUUGAUGGUAUCUGGGUCGGUACGCAGCUCCUUUAACAUCUUGCGAUUGACUUCAGUCGAGUUCACGUGCGUCAUACGAGACGCCAAGCCACCUGUCAACGACUCCCAGGUGACGUGGCACAGGGAGGUGUCGCCGGAAACUGUACAGACACUGACGGGCGUUUCGGGACCGCUGGUCACCGUGGACAGGACCUCGACAGUCAAUUUCACGUACACGGCCCGUCCAGUACACCACGGUCAGAAGGUGUUCUGUGCUGCCAGAACCACGCCCAUGCAAAUUAAUGGGGACGAGGCAUUUCCAAGCAACAAGAUAAAGCUGGACGUGAUGAGUGGAUCUCUCCAUUUCGAAGGAUCUCUGGACCAGGCUCACCUGAACGAGGCCUUCCGAGUCACCUGCACUGUCAGCAAUACGGAACACGUCAACGACCGCAUCCUCUUUUACAAGAAGACGGCGUCAGCAGCGGGGGACGUGUUUGCCUCGCUCCACCAGGCAAGCGACAAAUGCUCAGAGGGAAAAGGUUUGCCUCCGCCUGCCGGCUACUCUGUGUGGUGUGGGCUGGGAACCGACAACGCAUCAUCUGUGAGCAAGAUGUACAGUCUUCGAAUACACGACGUACAGCAGCGUGACGUCACAGACUGGUGGUGUCAGCUCGAGGCGGCGCGCACGCGCAGCAACACGUACCAGCUGCAGAUCUUCAGUCUGAAGAAAGGCAACAGAGCAGGGCUCAGGAAAGUCGUAAAAGCAAGUCAAGCUUCCUGUUUGGAGUCCACUGCAUUGGCGAUUAUGGGCAUUGUCUUUGUACUCGUAACGUUAUUCUAGAAGCCCCAUCAUUCAGCUGAUUGCCACUAGCGUUGUUGAACGUCAGCCAAUACAACCCAGUGACAACGUGCGCCACAGACAUCACCACAAAUCACGGAGAUGGCGGUGGCGGCGGUUAACGUCUGCUUCCAAAACCACGUCGUCGUCUCAGAUGAAUGGGCCUGCCGCUGAUGUACUUAAAACCAAAUCACUACAGGGACUUUACUACUGCUAUUGUUUAGCGUGUGUGUUUUGUGUGUGAGCGCGCGCACGCGUAUGUGUGUGUGUGUGUGUGUGUGUGUGUGUUUGUGCGUGCACGCGAGUCUGUGUGUGUGUGCGUGCGCGCAUGUGUCUGUGUUUGUGUGUUUUGUG